AAACUGUCCUCAACGUCUGAGGGGCUCGAAAGUGCAUUUUCCUGAUAACCUGGCAACUAAAACGCAAGCGAUAGUCUUUCCUCCUCUGCGGACUCAAUCGCCAUUUUGUUCCAGUUUUUCUGCUUGACCUACAUUCAGUCCAUAACCUGCAACGUAAACAACACUUCAGCUGUUCUCAGAAAGAAAAGCAGCAAAGAGCAACAUGAGUGGCAGCCGUGUCUUCAUCGGCCACUUGAGUACACAUGCAAGAGAAAGAGACGUGGAGAAAUUUUUCAAGGGAUAUGGACACAUAAGAGAGAUAAGCUUGAAAAAUGGAUUUGGUUUUGUGGAAUUUGAUGACCACAGAGACGCUGAUGAUGCUGUGUAUGAGUUGAAUGGGAAAGAACUGUGUAGUGAAAGGGUCACUAUUGAACGCGCCCGCUCCAGGAGAGGAAGAGGAGGUGGUGCUCCUGGAAUGGGACGUUUUGGUGGCAGCAGCGGGGGAGGUGGCGGCGGCGGCGGCGGCGGUGGUGGCAGCGGCGGUGGUGGCGGCUAUCGCCAAUCCCGUGAUACCAGCUACCAUAGGUAUGGCCCUCCUAUGCGCACUGAUCACAGGCUAAUUGUGGAGAACCUCUCAUCCCGGGUUAGCUGGCAGGACCUUAAAGACCUGAUGAGAAAGGCAGGUGAAGUUAGCUUUGUGGAUGCACACAGACCCACUAAAAAUGAAGGGGUGGUUGAGUUUGUAUCUCGCUCUGAUAUGAAGAACGCCAUCUCCAAACUUGAUGGAACAGAAUUGAACGGGCGCAAGCUGAAGAUAUUUGAAGAUAGCAGAAGGAGCCGUUCUCGCAGCUACUCCCGCUCCAGGAGCCGCUCCAGGAGCCGCUCUAGGAGUCGUUCUAGGAGCCGCAGCCGCUCCAAGAGCCGCUCCAGAUCACCUAGCCGCACCCCAGAGAAGAAAACAUCAGGAGGGAGCAAACCUGCUGCCAAAUCCCGCUCCAGGUCUAAAUCUCGCUCCCGAUCUCGCUCUCCUGCUCCUGCUCAAACUGGCAAAUCCCGCUCCAAAUCCCGCUCCAAAUCCCGUUCCCGAUCUCGUUCGCAUUCCCGCUCUGCCUCAGCAGACAGUAAAAACUAAGAUGGGUGCAGCUGUAAGUCAUAAGGUAGAUUGAGGGAGGUUUAUGAGCCUCACUAGUGGCAUGUGUAUUUGUUUUUAACAAAGGGGAAAAAAGACUUUAGGGUGGGGGUCUUUUGAAGGCAGAACCAAUUGUUUAAAUUUGUCUGUUUUGUGCAUUUAGUUUGGAGUCUACUUCUGUUAGAGUAAAAUUAAUUUAAAGAAAAUUUUGACAUUUGAUUCUUCUGGCCCCUUGAUAUUGGUGACGAUGCCCAUCUCAGUCCAACAUUGGCUGCUUGUUGUCCCUUUAUUUAAUCCACUUUGUGCUUUCCUGAUCUUUGUGGGAAUACUAUUGAUUCCCCUAAACAGUUGGGAAUGAUUUUGUUAUUAAUAAAAAACAAAUAGCUUUGCUUUUAAACAUAGAUCAUUCUUCUGUUAAGGCAUCUAUGUAUUUUUUCAUUUCAGUUAUUUGAACAUGUGAGCAGUUCAGCUGGAGUUUUCUUUGUUUCUCUGAGUGGUUAUCUGGAAAUUCAUUUUUCUAAAUGUCUUACUUUAGUCAGUGUUUUGACUGAUUUCUUUUUCCUCUGGGAUUCUGAGUGUGACACAUUUGCUUGUAAAUGUUGCAUAAUUAGAUGCAAAUGAAUCUAUAUAUUGUGAUUUUUGUUUUUUACUUUGUGUUUAAAAAAAAAAUUCACACAGAAUGUUUGCAUUUAAACUCAAAUCUUUCAUUGACUGAAAGUUAUCGAUCCCUCUGUUCUACAUUUAUUGUGCAGUACAAAUGUCAACUAAUUUCAUUUUAUUUUUCUUUGCUAUGAAAAUAUUAAACUUCAAUGGAAAAAUG